UUCAUCGCCAGCUGUCUGCUUUCGGCAGCGACUCGUUCGCCGCGUGGCUUUGCCGUCUCUUGUCCUCACCGCGCGCGUGCCAUACCUCCCACCGAUGUCCCAUUUUUUUUUUUUCCUCGCAUCUCCUGCUCCCCUCUGUCUCUGGUGGGCUCCUGUCCCUCUGCCCCUCCUCCUCCCUCUUUAUAAAAACCCCAUUGUGUGUGAUGUGUGUGUCUUCCCAAUCGCAUGCUGCUCCAGUCCAGCAUCCAAGCACUGAUCUGCAUAUCUUUCCCUGCUGUCACUCCGCUUCCUCCUCCCAGUCACUCUCCUCCGGCUCUCAUCCUCUGGAGCUCCAUCCAGCAGCAUCAGCACCAUGCAGGACCGGGGACACUUCCAGGGUCAUCUCUCUAAAUAGCAUCCCAGGUCAGGAGUGACGGUGCUCCACGCGUGGUCGAGUCAAGAUGAAUACAUGCAAGUUUUUAGAUCAGGACAUUGAGGGCAGGGGAGUAAAGGUGCCCAAGCAAGUACAGAACUCGUCGUUGGUGGCCACAAACCGUACUAUAGUCAUGGCGGAGCCGGAAAAGAAGCGACGGCAGAGGUAUGUGGAGAAAGACGGAAAGUGUAAUGUCCACCACGGAAAUGUCAGAGAAAGGUACAGAUACUUGACGGACAUAUUCACCACCUUGGUAGACCUCAAAUGGAGAUUUAAUUUACUGGUGUUCACCAUGGUCUAUACAACCACUUGGAUUUUCUUUGGAUUCAUUUGGUGGCUUAUUGCCUAUAUCCGUGGGGACUUUGACCAUAUAGAUGAUUCGACGUGGACACCGUGUGUGGACAAGUUAAACGGGUUUGUGUCAGCCUUUCUUUUUUCUAUUGAGACAGAGACCACCAUUGGGUAUGGAUACAGGGUCAUCACGGACAAGUGCCCAGAAGGAAUUAUUCUCUUGUUGGUACAGGCCAUUCUUGGCUCCAUUGUUAAUGCGUUCAUGGUGGGCUGCAUGUUUGUUAAGAUCUCCCAGCCAAAGAAACGAGCGGAGACCCUUAUGUUCUCCAAUAUGGCCGUCAUCUCUGUGAGGGACAGCAAACUCUGUUUGAUGUUCAGGGUUGGAGAUCUGAGGAAUUCGCAUAUCGUGGAGGCAUCUAUAAGGGCCAAACUGAUCAAAUCCAAACAAACCAAGGAGGGCGAGUUUAUCCCUCUUAAUCAGACAGACAUCAAUGUGGGUUUUGACACCGGGGAUGACCGCCUCUUCUUGGUUUCUCCGCUAAUCAUCUGCCACGAGUUCAAUGAACAUAGCCCCUUUUGGGAAACCUCCAAAGAGCAGUUGGGGAAAGAAGAAUUCGAGAUUGUAGUUAUUUUGGAAGGGAUGGUCGAAGCCACGGGGAUGACAUGCCAAGCCCGCAGCUCCUACGUGGAAAGAGAGGUCCUAUGGGGCCAUCGGUUCAUGCCUGUCCUGACUCUAGAAGAAGGUUUCUACGAAGUGGACUACGACACCUUCCACAACACCGACGAAACACCCACCCCUACCUGCAGUGCCAAAGAGCUGGCAGAACUCAACGAGAAAGGCGAGGCCCUGCAGCUUACCUCCAUCAACAGCAAGGGCAACCAGACCAUGGACAACGACAUACAGGAAGGCCCAGAGGAUGAGGUCCUCCCAGCCAUGGCCAACGGGGACGUUAGUAAAACAAAACUGGACGGCUGUGAGUGAACAGUAGUGGAUUCCCACAAAUGUAUGGAAUAUUUGCCAGCAAUACAAAGAUGGCGCCAUCUUCCUGAAGCGCUGUGGUUGACCUCUUCGAGGACAUAAUCCUUAAAGCAGUGAAGGGCAUUAAAGUGGUAGAAUAUACAAUUUGAACUAAUGGUUGUAGGCCACAGUCAGUAUUAUUACAGUACCAGAGAUGUUAAAGGAGUCUUGGCAGAGACAGUGAAUUAUUUUGGCUUUAUUGUAAUGAACUCUAAGGAAGCCAAACAUAGAAUGACCAGGCAGCAUGUAAGCUGAGACAAGAGCAUUCUAGUCCUUCUUGCACGGUACAAGCUAACCAUCAUUCACAUGUCUACAGUCUUCAGUAUCUAUAUGUAGCCUUCCCCUUCAUCCCUUGUGCUUAUAUUAUCUGCUUGAAGCAAUGAAAAGUAAUCAUCAGCUACAGAGACCUAUGUAACCAAUAACGAUGUAACAAACGGCAGCAAUCAUCUGAACAGCAUUAUGAGCAAUUAAAGUCCAUCCAUUAGCUCCAA